AUGGCACAGUCCAAGGUGAUGCUCGCACAAACAACCAGUGUGAUGGAUGGAACAAUAAAGUUUUUUCAUUUAGUGGGUUACAACCACCCCUCAAUUUGGAGAUUAAUCGACUGCUUGAAGCAGCAAGAUGAACUUGGAAAUCCAUCAAAGAAGAAGACAAAGCGCAUUUAUUUCCAACUGCAACAACGCCUUAGAAACUUAUGUAUCCAGUAUGGCGAGGGAACAAGGUCGUUGGAAGAGUUCUUGAGAGGAGUUGGAAGGAACAUAAGGUUUCAGUUAUUGACCAUACAGUAUAUGGCUGAUAUUUGGGGUCGUAGUAAUUACCGACAAAGGCCGACAAAACCGAUAAAAGCCGACAAAAAGACAGACAAAUACCGACAUAAAGGCAAACAAAACCGACAAAAUUUUUGUCG